AACACUGCCACCUCCUCCAGCCGCCUGACGCCGCUCCAUGUGGCUGUGAUGGCGGGGCAUGCGGAAGCCGUCUCCCUCCUCCUCAACAGCAGCGCCAACAUCUUCUUGCAAGACAUGCUGGGAAGGACGGCGCUUCACUAUGCAAGCGAGCGGGGGUAUGAAGGGUGCGCCAUGGCGUUGCUCUCAGCG